AUGCUGUCCCACCUCGCGCAGGAAGGGAUAUAUUCGGAGCUUGUCGAGCCGGUCGGCAUUGUCGACCAUCACCGCAUCAGUGGGGCCAUCGCCAAAGGUCGAGAAACGUUCAGAAUACCACGGAUCGAGGCGACAUUGGCCUUGAUCCCGUCCUCGGCCAAGCUUGCGCGCCUCGUCGCCCAAGCUGGGAUCGCCGAUCUUGCCGGUGCCGCCCCCAUCAGGCACGAUCGGCUUAUGCCUGGUCUGCUGCAUCCGGCGCAGGAGCAUAUCUGCACCCGAGGCUACCGACAUGCAGCGACGGCGCGGUCGGGUCGAAGCCGAUAUAGCCGGGCACCACCUGCGUCGAAGCCAGCCGGUCGAGCGCGGCGGCGUCGGUCAUCUGGUGGACGCCAACCCCGGUCGUUCCAGGGUGCGGAGCAGGUCGGACUGAUACGUCAUGAUAGCGGUCCGUUACACCGCCGUUCCCCGUUCGUCACCCUCCGCCGAUACAAAGCGAGCGCGGGUGAGAUCCCACCCGCGCUCCUUCGUUACGCCGUUAGCGGCAGACGGUGCCCCGUUCCGCUCGACAUAGGUGCAGGGACGAUAGCCCGAGCCCCUGACCGGUAUAGUUGGUAUAAUCGCCCUGUGAGCGGGGAUCGACGCGCCCGGCGUACGGCGCCCCUCAUAUUCGCGGGCGACCCCGCGCCUCCACGCCGGGCCUGCCGGCGGUCACCGCGCCAGCCGCGAUCAUCCUGCCAACCGCGACGUUCGCCGCGCCAGUCGCGACGAUCAUUUCGCCAAUCCGGCGGUCACCCGCCGGUCGCCGCGAUCCUCGCGCCAGUCACGGCGGUCGCGAUCCCGAUCAUAGCGCGGUCCGUCGCGCGCGGACUGAGCCUGCGCGUCCGAGGCGGGCAGGGGUCGCGGUGGCGCCACACCGGCCACCGACAGGCCAAAUUACCGCAAAGAGGUGAAGAAUCUUUUUCAUACGCCGACUCUCCUCAGGGCCCCAUGCCGGCAUUUAACCGGCAAGGCGCUGUCGCGUUCAUAACGGGAAGAUGUCAGCGGCGUGGCAAUUGCGUCAGCGGAUCGACCGGGGUGCGGCCCCGGCGGAGUUCAAAUGCACCUCCGGCCGGUCGGCGAAAGCCGCUCUGUCCCUGA